UUUGAGACCACUCUAGUGCUCCGAAUUGCUCGAUCGACCAUUAAUUUCCUCGUGAAUUAAUGGUCAUUAUCAAAAAGUGAAUAGUAACGCAAAAAUCAUUGCUGCAUUCAGUAGUUAAGCCCUCAAGGGGACCAUCAGGAGUAAAUAAUGGCUGAUUUCCUGGAUUCGGAGGCCGAGGAGAGUGAGGAGGAGCAAGAGUUGGAUCACAAUGAGAGGAAGAAGCUGAAAAAGGUUAAGGCUAUGGAGGAGAGCGACGAGGACGACGAGGAUGAUGAAGAUCGAAUUAGGGAGGAAUUGAAGGAUUUGAUUGAUGAUAGACCCAUUGAUGAGAGCGAGGGGGAGGACAGUGAUGGCUCGGAGGGAAAGAAACGCAAGAAGAGUGAUGAUGAGGACUUUGAUGAUCGACUUGAGGACGACGACUAUGAUCUCAUUGAGGAGAAUCUGGGGAUCACUGUUGAGAGGAAACGAUUCAAAAGGCUGAAACGAGUACAAGAUCGAGAAUCUGAUGACGAGGAGGAGCAUCAUCCCGGAGAGGAGAGGGACGCCAUCGCUAAUGAGCUGUUCGAAGGGGGAUCUGGUGAUGAGAGGGAUGCACUAGUGGAGGAUGAACGGCGCAGCGAGAGAAGCCACCGACAGGAGCCCGAGACCUUCGACGAAGAGGGAAGCGAGGGCGAGUACUCAGACGCCGACGACUUCAUCGUGGACGACGAGGGUCGCCCCAUAGCCGAGCGCCGACGAAAGAAGAAGCCCAUCUUCUCGGACGCAGCCCUCCAAGAGGCCCAGGACAUCUUCGGCGUGGACUUUGACUACGAUGAGUUCGGUAAAUACGACGAGGCCGGCUACGAGGAGGAAGAGGAGGAGGAGGAAGACGAGUACGUCGAGGACGACGGCGAGGGCGAGCGCCCCAGACGCCCCAAGAAGACCCCAAAGAAGAAGCCCACGAAGAAGAGCAUCUUCGAGAUCUACGAGCCCAGUGAACUGAAACGUGGUCACUUCACAGACAUGGACAAUGAGAUCCGAAUCACAGACAUUCCGGAACGAAUGCAGCUCCGAUCGAUGCCAGUGACAUCUGUUCCAGAAGGAUCCGACGAGCUCGAUCAAGAGGCCGAGUGGAUCUACAAGCAAGCUUUCUGCAAGCCAACGAUAUCCGUUCAGGACGCCCACCUGAACGCCGAGGCCAAAGAUCGCGCGCGCAAGGGUCCCCAGACAGUUGGAAAAAUCAAGAAAGCCCUGGACUUCAUGAGAAUCCAACACUUCGAGGUGCCCUUCAUCUCCUUCUACAGAAAGGAGUACGUCCUCCCAGAGUUGAACAUCAACGAUCUCUGGAAGGUCUACAAGUACGACGCCAAAUGGUGCCAGCUUCGUCAGCGUAAGGAGAACCUCCUGGCCUUAUUCGAGAAGAUGAGGAACCACCAGUUGGAUCUGCUGAUGAAGGAUCCAGACGCACCACUCCCCGACUCCGUGCGUGUCAUCAAGGACGAGGACAUAGAGCGUUUGAAGAACGUGCAGACUAGUGAGGAAUUGAACGAUGUGCAUCAGCACUUCAUGCUGUACUACUCCCACGACAUCCCAGCUAUGCAGGAGUCUGCGAGACAAAAGGAGAAGGAGGCUAAGCGCCAGGCGAAGAUUGCUGAGCGCAAGCAGAAGCUGCUGGAGGCCGAGGAGAACGGUGAGGAUCCACCCCCAGAGGAGGAGAUCGAGAUCGAGGAGGAAGAGGAGAACGACGAGAACCUCAAGCACGCAGUUCGAACAGGCCCCUACGCCAUCUGCAGAAAAGCAGGUCUGGACACUUUUGCCAAGAAGUUUGGACUGACCCCUGAAAACUUUGCUGAGAAUCUCCGAGACAAUUACCAGCGUCACGAGGUGGACCAGGAGCCCACAGAGCCACUGGUUGUGGCGCAGGACUUCGUUGGGCCGAAGUUCAAGUCCCCUGAGGAGGUCCUCAAGGCUGUCAAACUGAUGGUGGCUAUUCAGCUGGCUCGAGAGCCCUUGGUCAAGAAAUCGGUCAGGGAGAUGUACAUGGAGAGGGCGAAGAUCAGUGUCACACCCACCAAGAUUGGAAUCAAGAUGAUUGACGAAACUCAUCCCAUCUACACCAUCAAGUACCUCAAGGACAAACCUGUUCGUGAUCUGGUGGGUGAUCAGUUCUUGAGGCUGGUGAUGGCUGAGGAGGACAAGCUCAUUACACUGACGAUGAGCAACACCAUCGAGGGAAAUACCAGCAGUAAUUACGUGGACGAGAUGAAGCAGUUGUACAUCAGGGAUGAGUUCAGUAAAAACGUUCAGGACUGGAAUAACCUUCGAGUUGGAAGUGUCGAGAUGGCUCUGAACGAGAUGGUGAUACCAGCUCUGAAGAAGGAACUUCGUGCUAAUCUCAUUGCUGAAGCCAAGGAGUCAGUGAUGAGGGCGUGCUGCAGGAAGAUGUACAAUUGGCUUAAAGUGGCUCCCUUCACGUGUUCAUUUCCUGAAGAGGAGGACGACGAGUGGGACACGAGCAAGGGACUCAGAGUGAUGGGAGUCUCGUACGUACCUGACUACUCCCAAGCAGCUUUCGCCUGUCUCAUAGCCCCUGACGGUGAAUGCACAGACUACCUUCGUCUCCCCCACCUUCUGAAACGCAAGAACAGUUUCAGGAAGGAGGAGAAGGUCAUGAAGGAGGCAGACCUGCUAGCCAUUCGUAAUUUUAUAGCUACGAAGAAGCCCCACGUUGUGGUCGUUGGUGGAGAGUCCAGGGAAGCUCUGAUGGUUGUCAACGACAUCAAGGAAUGCAUAACAGCUCUCGUCGAGGAGGAGCAGUUCCCAGCCAUCAGUGUAGAAGUGGGGGACAACGAUCUAGCCAAGAUCUAUGCCAACAGUAACAAGGGAACUGCUGAGUUCAGGGACUACCCUAGUCUUCUUCGAGAGGCUAUAUCUCUUGCUCGACGUCUUCAGGAUCCACUCGUUGAAUUCUCGCAAUUGUGCACUGCUGACGAUGAGAUUCUCUGCCUUAAGUACCACAACCUCCAGGAUCAACUGCCUAAAGAGGAACUAUUGGAGAACAUUUACCUGGAGUUUGUGAACAGAGUCAACGAAGUUGGUGUUGAUGUCAACAAGGCAGUGCAGCAGGCGUACGCUGGCAAUCUAGUGCAAUUUGUCUGUGGUCUGGGCCCAAGGAAGGGCCAGGCUCUCAUCAAAACGCUCAAGCAGACUAAUCAACGGUUGGAGAACAGAACACAGUUGGUUACUGCCUGUCACAUGGGGCCAAAGGUCUUCAUAAACUGUGCUGGCUUCAUCAAGAUCGAUACGAAUAGUCUUGGGGACAGCACAGAAGCCUACGUGGAGGUACUGGACGGUUCGAGGGUCCACCCUGAGACGUACGAGUGGGCGAGGAAGAUGGCGGUUGACGCACUGGAGUACGACGACGAGGACGCCAAUCCUGCAGGGGCAGUUGACGAAAUUCUCGAGUCCCCGGAGAGGCUAAAGGACCUCGAUCUUGACGCAUUCGCCGAGGAGCUGGAGAGACAGGGAUUCGGCAACAAGUGUGUGACACUUUAUGACAUCAGGGCUGAGCUCAACUGCAGGUACAAGGACCUGAGGACACCGUAUCAAUCCCCAAGCCCUGAGAAGCUGUUCGAUAUUCUGACUAAGGAGACACCAGAGACUUUUUACAUUGGAAAGAGGAUCGAGGCGAUAGUCACGGGAAUCAGCAGGAGAAAACCCCAGGGGGAGCAGCUGGACCAGGCGAACCCAGUGAGGAAUGACGAGACUGGACUCUGGCAGUGUCCCUUCUGCCUCAAGAAUGACUUUCCAGAGUUGUCUGAGGUCUGGAAUCAUUUUGACGCUGGAGCUUGUCCUGGAAAAGCUACUGGGAUCAAGCUGCGUCUUGACAAUGGGAUCUCUGGUUACAUUCACAUUAAGAAUCUUUCUGAUAAACAUGUGGCGGAUCCUGAGGAGCGAGUGGCCAUGGGUCAGACGGUCAACUGCAGAGUCAUUAAGAUAGAAGUCGACAGGUUCAGUGUCGAGUGCACAAGCAAGAGCAGCGAUCUCGCUGAUAAGAAUCACGAGUGGAGACCGCAGAAGGACCCCUUCUACGAUAAUGAAGCUGAACUGAAAGAUAUGAAGGUGGAGGAUGAGACGAAGAAGGUCAAGCAGACUCAGACGUACGUGAAGCGUGUGAUUGUCCAUCCAUCAUUCCAUAAUAUCAGUUAUUCAGAGGCUGAGAAGCUCAUGAGGACGAUGAAGCAGGGGGAGGCCAUCAUAAGACCGAGCAGACAGGGGGCGGAUCACUUGACAGUUACUUGGAAGGUAACUGACGACAUCUAUCAGCACAUAGACGUCAAGGAGGAGGGUAAAGCGAACGAGUUCUCCCUGGGGAAGAGUCUGUGGAUAGGGUCUGAAGAGUUUGAAGACUUGGAUGAGAUAAUUGCGAGGCAUGUGAACCCCAUGGCAGCUUAUGCUUCAGAACUACUGGACUUCAAGUAUUAUAAACCAGGGGUGAAUGGGCUGAAGGACAAGGCUGAGGAGAUUCUCAAGGCCCAGAAGAAGGAGAAUCCUGGGGGAAUUCCUUACAUCGUGUCAGCAGUGAAGAAGUGUCCGGGGACUUUUCUCCUGUCUUAUCUGCCUAGGGACAGGGUCGUUCAUGAGUACGUCCAGGUCACUCCAGAGGGCUUCAAGUACAGGAGACAGAUCUUUGGGCGGGUCAAUGAUCUCUUCAGGUGGUUCAAGGAGCACUUCAGGGAGCAAAUACCUGGACAAAACACACCCAGCACUCCCAGGGGUGCCCAGACUUCCAGAACGCCUUAUCACACGACUCCAGGGGUCGCCAUGAACCAGGAGGCCAUUCACAGGGUCGCCCAGAAUCUUCCACACCAUAUGCUUCAUUCGUUGUCUCAAGUGGCCAAUCAGACUCCUCAUUAUCCUCCACACACUCCUGGAGCUGCUGGGGCUGCUUACGUCUAUCCAAAUACUCCGUACACACCUUCUGGACAGACUCCAUACAUGACGCCAUAUGCCACCCCUAGGAAUCAUCAGUUCACACAGCCAGCACCUCCUCAUCGGUCCACUCCCUCGCACAGACCCACUCCCCAGAUCUCUGCUGCUGCUCAAGAGGCCAUGGACUGGAAAAAAGCUGCUGAAGCUUGGGCUAGGCUCAAGACCACUCCGAGGUACGAUGGAAAAAGAUCUAGAACACCCUCGAACAAGUCCCCCAGAACGCCACAGACUAAUUCAAGCCCCAGGUCCAUGUCUCUCAGUGGAGACUGCACACCUCUCUGGGACGAGAGCUAGGGAAUUUAAUCAUAAUUGUCGGAAUCAAUUUUUUGUUUCAUUUCGAGUCGUCUUUCUCUGUUUAGGUUGUCUUAUUUAGGUUUAGACAAUGAUUAUAUUUUGUAUAAUGAACGUGACAUGAUAAUAAAAGUCAUAUUUAACGCGAACAGGUUAACAUUGCUGGUCCUUAUGGAUUUUUAUCUUAUUUUUUGAGAAUUGUUUCGUGUGAAACAAUAGGCGCUUCCGUUGUCAUUUUUUUUUAAUAGAAUGAUGAAAUACGUGAGUUAGAUAGAGUAUAUUGGAGGUGUAUUUUUUAUUUUUAAACAUGAAAAACUAAACACUAGAGAUAAUUGAAGAAAUGUCUGCGAAAUCUCAUGCAAAACUUUGAACAUGUUUUCUUUCAUUUUCAUUCUUUUCGACAUUUGUAGCUGAAUCCGAGCUUGGAUCAAAGCUCAAUUUCACACCAAGUUACCAGGUAUUUUGACAUGAUUUUCUAUUUUCAAUUGUUGAGAAACAUUUAAAAAACUCAAAGAAUAAACUUUGAAUUUUGAAAUUACAUUUUUCAAUUCGUUUUAAAUUCAUCUACCUAUAUUUAGAAUGUUCCCGGCAAUCGAUUCCAUCACGGAAAAAAUAAAUUUCAGAACCAUCGAAAAAUUUUCCUUACUUAUUAUCGAGAAAAAUGUUUUAAAAAAAAUCAGGCUGCAAGAUGUACUUUGGACGAUGCUCAUUAAGUUGUUUAAAACUUUCCUUGGAUUAUCACAAAAGUGUGAAAUAAACGACAAAUUCAUUUGGA